CUAGACCGGGAAUCAGGAAUUGAACCUGAGACCCUUCCGAGAGCAGGCCAGCACUCUAACCAAUGAGCAACACUGGCCAGCGCAGCCCUAUAGUUUUAUUUAUUAAGAAAUAUUUUUCUUAAUUUGGGUAGGUAAUUAUUUAUUGAAGCAUUAAAUAAACCUCUCCGUUGUAAGGAUGAGGGACCCUGAGUCAAUGGAUGUUUUUCUAUUGGGAUGAGUAGGGUUUGUUUUGCUUUAUUCUUUGAGGGAAUUGUGUGGGGUGGGGGAGUGAGGGAAUAAUGCCUAGGAAAUGAACUUGGGUUGGUUUAUGGUAUUUUGGGAAGAUGAGGGGGUGGAAGAGGCAAGCCCAUGCAAUUACUGUUUUGGGAGAAGGGAAGAGAGUGGUACAUGAUGUGCACUCAAACUGAGCAAAAAUUCCUUAGUUAAGGAGAGGUCUGUGGGUGAAGGGGGUAAGCAGACCCCUAUAACCCUAGCUGAGGGAUGCUGUCCCUCAUUCUUAAAUAAGUGCACUUAGUUCCUUUAAUUCAGGGUGUUGGGGUACCUAUUGAAGUUUUUUAUUGGAAAGGGGAGAUUUUCCCCUUUUGAUUUAAGAUAGUGCUACCCCUCCACCCUAAUACACUCCAGCCCUGAUGGAACAAGUAUACUAUAAGAUAAGCCUCCAAAAUCUUCUCAAUCUAUGCUGGUUUUACUGAGGGUUACAAGAUUUAACCAAAAGUUUUCCCCACAUACUGGAUUCUAUCAAAAUGAAAAGAUUAUAUAUAAAAAUAUAUAUAAAUUUUAAGAAAUUCAAUCUCAUUCUGGAGUGGGGAUGGUGUUAAACAGUGCUGUACAGGCCUGGAGAGAAGUACCCUCCCUCUUGCAAUUUCUUCUCAGGCAAAACUACAGCUCACAGACCAAUAAAACAAAAAUUAGCAAUGACUUUGUAUUGUAUAUUUGGGAGGGGAUACUGAGCCAAAAAGAGUGGGGCUGGUUCUGAAUGACUUGAGAACCUAGCUUUUCCCAUUCUUAUUCCUUUCUAAACAGCCACUUGUCCGAGGUUCUGGUCACAUUUUUUUCUUUACCAAUAAAGGAGCUUCAGAAAUGAUUGUCCCUGAGUUACUUGGACACCUUGGACUCUGUCCUCUUAUUUCUCCAAGAGUCAGUGCCCCAGACACAUAGCCACAGGUGAGAAGACAGAAUUAGAAGCCCCUUCCUGGCCUGGAAUCAUCUGCACCGUAGAUUUUUCUAGUUUCUUUUUCCCUCCAGGCCCUUUAACUGUAGAUUCAGUGAGUCAUACAAGCACUCUGUCUCACUUUGUAGAUACCCAGUCUACAAAUCACAGGGUGUUUUGCUCCAUGUACUUAAGUUAAUUAACAAAAUAUUAUGAAGUCUCCUGUGUAGACACUCCAUGGCACCUUCCUCCACCUGGUGAGUAAGGGGCUUUAGAAGAGAGGGAAGCUGCCUGCGAGUAGCAGAACUGACUGAAGUGGGGGUGGGAAGGACUAAGGCCUCUUUCUGUGUUUAUAACUGGAUCUGUGACUCAUCUUAUGAGUCACUCAGCUCCUCCUUCAGCUGCCCCUUCUGGCAGCCUUCAUUCGUAGCACAAACCUACAACCAGAUCAGGAUUCUGAAAAUGGAAAAAUCUGAUAGUUCCACCCUUCCUUUCGUCCACUGAGCCUCCACUGGGAGUGUGUGGGGUGGUGAGAGGUGGUUCUGCGGUUAAUUACCCCUCAUCUGCUGCCCUCAUUGCAUUCCUGGUUGGGGACUAAUCCAAGUCACCUUCCCCCCACCCCCAACUUUCCCCCAAUCUGAUAUUUUUCUCUGUAUUCCUCUGCUGUUCCUUACCUCAAAGUAUUAAAGAAUAGAAUGAGGCUCUUGAAUGAAAGGUGGCGGGAGAAGGAAAGUGGAUAAUAUUUUAAAAUUGUGGUACACACCUCUUAUUGCAACAGACCUUGGGAAGUAUUUUCUUCCCCUGAGAUUGAAACCCAUGGAAUGCAGGUGGGGGUGGGGAUGCUCAGUAGCUUUGAGGACCUUGAGAAUCAGGUAUUCCUCUUUGUUCCAGAUUGACACCCUGUCUCACAAUAUGUAUUUUCACUCUUUCCAUAGUUGCAGCCAGACAGGGAACUUGUAAAGCUGAGGCCGGAAGGGUGUGUGUGCUGGGGGUUGGAGAGAAUAAAGUGACACUGGGCCCCCGCCUAUGGAUUGCUGCCUCUGUACAGACUCAAAAUCAAUAAAACAGCAGCUCAUUAACUCUUUGUAUUUUAUUUCCUGUCUUUUUCAUAUCUAAAUAUAGAUGUCGCAUUCAUACCCUAGUCCCCCUCAUCUGCAGUCCUGCAGUUCCUUUACUUUCUUCCAGUGCCCUUCCCCCACCUUUACUUCUUGGGUUGCAAGUGGGUAGGGAGGAGGAAUGGGAUUGUUGAACUGAACAGAGGUUUCCAGCCCUCAGCUUUCAGAAUCCUGGACAUGAAUUAUUAAUUUGGAGAUCUGGUGUCUGGAUUGGAGGGAGGGGUCAUGUACCUGGGGUGGGCUCCAGUUUCUAAUUGGUUGGGGUGGUGUGUGUGUGCGGGCAUGUGUGCAUGUGUGUGUUUGAUGGAUAACGUUGGUGAGAUCUUUUCCUUGGGCCUCCCACCCCCACCCCAGAACGUGCACAUAAACAUACCUGUACUUGUGUCUGCAUCGUGGAGAGAUUUCCGUUUCUCCCCUUUUCCGCUGCACCGUGCAUACAGGUAUGUUUCAUGCUCUCUGGGGAAGGAUGGACAAAAACACUAACUCAUCCCCCUCCCCAAUUCUUGGGUCUCCCCAGGCAAAACUACCCUGUGGUCCAAUUUCCAUUUCUCAAUUCCUUUUGGUAGGUCUGUCAGGAGAGGCUGUAAGAAGGCCUUACUUAACUACUUUUAUGUUCCCCUUCCUCCACCCUUGCCCCUUUUAAGAUAUAAAAAAACAGCUUCCCAGGGAAGCCAUCACUCAGAGUCUAGAGAAGUGGCCCAAAUUGUUCUAGUUUAAUAUUCGGUAUUACUGCUCCCCUCAAACAAUCUCCAAUUCUCACGAACAGGAAGUGAAUAGGAGUUGGGAGUAAGAGUAAAGGAGGGAAUCUGGGUAUUUCCCCCCAGUUCCCCAUUGAUUCCUCACCCUUCCCAGGAGCCUCCACUUCCUCUCCACUUUCCUAAAAUUGUGUGUAUGCUCCUUUAAGGGGCUGGGCAUCUCUCCCGCCCUCUCCCGAGUCGACUGAAGUUUCCGAGGAGCCUCCUCUAGCUGGACACAGCUUUCAAAGACCCCAAAUCGUGCUCCAUGCACCUCAAAUGUUCCUUUGCCCUGACUGUUCCCUUGCCUGGAUCCCAUCCCUGACUUCCCUUCCUCUCAGCUACAAGAUCCAGCCUCUCCCCAAGGGGCUUGAGCAUCCUUGAAGUUUCCCACCUUUAACUGCUCCGUCCCCGGAUGGAGCGGGAGAAAUGUGGUGGGGGGGCCGGGGCCAGAGUUUCAACAUCGCCCCCCAGAAGGAGGAGCCAGAGAUGGGGCUCUCUGGACCACAGUCUAUCCAGGGGAGUGGGAUGCCAGAGCCCAGGAGUCCUCAACUUGGCAGUUGCCUGGCCUCUGGAUGCCUCCCAGGGGAGCAGAUCCUAGCAUGGGCCCCAGGGGUGCGGAAGGGGCUGGAACCUGAAUUGCCUGGAACCCUGAUCUGCACCAACUUGAGGGUCACCUUCCAACCCUGUGGAUGGCAGCGGCGUCAGGAGACUCCCCUAAGCAGUGAUUAUGAUUUUGCCCUGGUCAACAUUGGGCAAUUAGAGGCUGUGAGUAGCCUGUCUCGAGUCCAACUCCACCGUCCAGGGUCCCUGCUUAAAUUUAUCCCUGAGGAGAUCCUGAUUCACGGCCGAGACUUCCGGCUGCUCAGAGUUGGUUUUGAGGCUGGAGGACUAGAGCCUCAGGCCUUUCAGGUGACCAUGGCCAUUGUCCAAGCCAGAGCUCAGAGCAGUCAAACCCAACAGUAUUCAGGGAUAACCCUGAGCAAGGCUGGCCAGAGUUCUGGCUCCAGAAAAUCACCUAUUCCCCUCUUGGAGACUCCAGAAGACUGGGAGACUGAGAGGAAAAAGCAGGGGGCCAAUGGCUGGCGGGUUAGUCUUGUCAAUGAGAGAUUCGACGUAGCCACCAGCCUCCCCCGUUACUUCUGGGUCCCUAACCGAACUCUGGACAGUGAGGUCAGGAGAGCAUUUGGCCACUUUCAUCAGGGCCGUGGACCGCGCCUGUCCUGGCAUCACCCUGGGGGUAGUGAUCUUCUCCGCUGUGGAGGGUUCUACACAGCCAGUGACCCUAACAAGGAGGACAUCAGAUCAGUGGAGUCUAUGCUCCAGGCUGGGCAUUCUGACGUUGUCCUGGUCGAUACUAUGGAUGAGCUGCCUAGUCUUGCAGAUGUCCAGCUUGCCCAUUUGAGGCUGAGGGCCCUCUGUCUGCCUGAUUCAUCUGUAUCUGAGGAUAAAUGGCUCUCAGCCCUGGAAGGAACACGAUGGUUGGACUAUGUCAGGUCUUGCCUUCGAAAGGCCAGUGACAUCUCAGUCUUAGUGACAUCUAGAGUUCGCUCUGUAGUCCUUCAAGAGCGAGGUGAUCGUGAUUUCAAUGGCCUCCUCUCUUCACUCGUCCAGCUGCUUUCAGCCCCUGAAGCCCGAACGCUGCUUGGCUUCCAAUCACUAGUGCAGCGAGAGUGGGUGGCAGCUGGACAUCCCUUCCUGACCCGACUUGGGGUAACUGGGGUCAGUGAAAAGGCCCCAGUGUUUCUCCUCUUCCUUGAUUGCGUCUGGCAGCUCCUCCAGCAGUUUCCAGCUGAGUUUGAAUUCUCUGAGUUUUUCCUUCUUGCUCUUCAUGACAGUGUCAGGGUUCCUGACACACUUACAUUCUUGAGAGACAAUCCCUGGGAGCGUGGAAAGCAGAGUGGACAGUUCAACUCCUAUACACAAGUCUAUACCCCAGGGUACUCCCACCCCCCCGCUGGUAACUCUAUUAACUCACAGCUAUCUGUCUGGGACUGGGAUUUACGCUACAGCAAUGAACAGAUACUACAAUUCCAUAAUCCUGGCUAUGACCCGGAACACUGCCAAGAUUCCUGGCUCCCUAGACAGCAGCCAAGCUUCAUGGUUCGUGGACCUCCCAGUUCUGUGUGGCUCUUCUCUAGAGGGGCUCUGACUGCCCUGAAUCAGCUCUGUCCUUGGCGGGACAGCCCUUGCCUGCUGACAGUCUCUUCACGCUGGCUCCCUCGACCUGCUAUAUCUUCGGAAAGUCUAGCUGAUCAAGAGUGGGGGCUCCCCUCACAUUGGGGAGCUUGCCCUUUACCCGCAGGGCUGCUGCUUCCUGGGUACUUGGGACCCCAGAUCAGGCUCUGGAGACGCUGCUACCUAAGGGGAAGGCCUGAGGUCCAGAGGGGCCUCUCAGCUCCCACCAUCACGGGCCUCCAGGAUGAGCUAUCCCGUCUUCAGGAGCUAAUAGAGAAAUGGACUCCAAGAACAUCUCCCGAGGACCGCUCCCAGAAAAGAGAUCCAAAUCCCAUUCUCUCCCAGUCCUGUUGACAUGGCUGGCUUUCUCGUGGGCAGGGCAAAGGGGCGCCUGGGGUGAGAGAGGGUUCUAACCCUUCCGGUUUUCCUCAUCGGGACUUGCCGCCUCAGCUUUCUCAUUCCAGCCCUCAAACAAGACCCCUGACUUGAUUUUCCAUUGCAGAGGGGUGGUGCUACCUACAACUCUUGCUCUGUCCUGUUUAGUUCCUCAAGAGUGUAUACAGUGUCUUGUGAUUUGAACAAUUAAGAAACAAAAACAGUCCAAAAUAUGA